UUAUUUCUCCUUGGAAUUGGACCUUCAGUGUGUGGUGCGUUCGUUUGGCGCUCGGGUGGCUCGUGUUUGUGUUUUUUGGUGGAAAUCUGUGUGUGAUUGUUAUUGUUUUGUUUUCGGGAAGCAGGCAAGCGCGCGAGAGAGCAGUGAAGGGGAGAUCGUUCUCACUAGAACAAGAACACUAACACAAAGGUGGGAACCAGUUUAGUGCGGAUUUCUUUUGGCUUUGAGUCAGUGUUGGUGCCGUUCGGUGUGGAGUUACAGUUCUCGAUCACUACUUAUCUGGAGCGGUGAAUCUACCUUUAGCAAAAAAAAAAGUAAUAAAAGGGUUUUUAAUUAGCAGACAAGUGCAGCGGAGCAAGGAAGUCUCGCGCAAAAAAGGGAAACGAAUAGAAUAUAAUCACUGAAAGUUGAUCUACCGCGCUGGAAAACAGAUAAAAAAAAUUUUAAACAAGUGCACAUCGACAGUUGUAGGAAUCAAACCUGCAAAAAAAAGUGUCCCACGAAAAGAUAAGCGAAUCUCCUUCUAAGAAAAGUGCACCAACUGAACAAACGAGAAAAUUAUACAAAAAAAAAGAAAAAAAAAACGUUACACAAGUCAAGUCAAGUCGGUGUUAGAAGAAAAGAAGAAACAAGGUGGCGGCUUUCUAACUAAAGGCUAAAGAAGGCAAACAGAGAAGCAAAGUAGAAAAAAAAAGCUAAAAGGCGCCAGUGAUCGGAACAGAACAGAACACAGUUCGCAGCAGAUCGUCGAGAUGAGGAAAUCAUCGGCAGUGAUAGUGAUGGUGGCGAUGGCCGCGGCGGUGCUCCUGAUUGAGGACAGCUAUGCAAAAGAAGCUACCCCCAUCGUCGCAGAGCCAUCCACAGACGCCGCCAGCCGACAGAGCAAAGCCGUCUCCACACACUGCCCGCGGUCCUGUCCGCCGGGAACGACCCCGGCGGAGGCCGUCUGCGGCUCGGACGGCCUCAUCUACGCCAACAGCUGCGAGAUGAAGAAGAAAACGUGCACAAAAAAUGCGCCCAACAGUGUAGUGGAAGACCGGGAUGGGUGCGAGCGGGCCAAGGGUUCACAGUGUGGCCACCGGUGCCCCACGGACAAGGACUUGGUGUGCGGAACCGAUGGGCGGACGUACCUUAACCGGUGCAUGCUGCGGGUGCAGGCUUGCCGCGUUGGAACCGCUGCCGUUUCGUUAGCGCACGUUGGACCUUGCAGCAAUGGAUCCGUCAUCCGCGAGAGCUGUCCGGUGGAUUGCAACAGUGCCCCCCAAGAUGGUCCUGUUUGCGCCUCGGACGGCAACGUGUACAACUCGACCUGCCAGAUGAAGCUGAUCACCUGCGGCCAGGGAGUGGUCCGUACGAGCCGGAAGCACUGCCAAAGCACCCGCAACUGCCGUGAGUCCUGCUGGCGGGUGGCCCGUCCCACGUGCGGUUCCGACGGCCGGCUGUACGCCAGCGCCUGCAAGAUGCGAUCGUCCAACUGCGGCAAGCAUGUGUUCGAGGUCCCGAUCUCGUUCUGCAUGUCCCAGGAACGUGCCGGUGGAAGCUCGCUGGCGGCGACCAACAAGAUCGAAGACUGCCCGACGGAGUGUUCCCGCGAGGCCCAGCAGAUGAUCUGCGGCAGCGACGGUAACGUAUACACCUCGAUGUGCGAACUCAAGAUGCUCAACUGUGGCCAGCGCAAAAAGAUCCAGGUGGUGACGAUCGACCGGUGCAAGCAGAAGAUGAGCCGCUGCAAAUCGAUUCCGGCCUGCAAGCAUCACAGCAAGAACGGCGGAAGCUCGUCGGCGUCGAUCUUUGGACCCGUUGACCAGAAGGAUCUGCUCUGCGGUACCGACUCGCGGACGUACAACAACGAGUGCGAACUGGCGCGAGCGACGUGCUUACGCGGCGUCCAGCUGGCCCACAUCGGUGCCUGCACCGUCCUGAAGACCAAGGCCGACAGCAACGACUGCUCGUACUGCGCCCCGGAGGAGGAAACCCUGACCCCGAUCUGCGGCUCCGACGGCAACACGUACCGAUCGCGCUGCGACCUGAAGCAGAAGACGUGCGGCCUCCGAGUGGUGCCCGUUUCGCUGAAGAACUGCGCCACGACGGCCCUGUGCGAGGCCAACUGUGACGCCCUGCCGACCGGCUAUAUCUGCGGCUCGGACAACAAGCUCUACCCCAACGAGUGCUACAUGCGCAAGGAGAACUGCGGCAAGCACAUGUUCGUGGUGCCGAUCAAGCGCUGCCUGUCGGCGUUCACCUUCAAAGGCUGCUCCCGAAUCUGCCCGCAGGAGUUCGAACCGGUGUGCGGAACCGACGGCAAGACCUACUCGAACGAGUGCUUCCUCAGCAUCGAAAACUGCCGGUCACGAUCGAUCCAGAAGAAACACAUCGGCCCGUGCGGACGACCCGAGGAACCGUCGCACAACUAUUUGUACUAAGAAGCCAACACCACAAAACUGCCACACAGUCACUAAGGCUAAACCCUUUUCCACAACCCUGAAAACCCAGUGAGUCCGUUCCAUAACCUCUAAAACCUAGGGAAGAAAAAGAGAGAAAAACACUCAUUGCCACAAGCUGUCCUUAUCUUUACUUUCUAGCUGUUAAGGCUGUUUAGAUGUUAGAGUCGUAAUUUAACAAAAAAAAGAACUAGUUAUUCAGAAUAACCAGUGCGCGAGAAGUACUAGAGCAACGUUUAGUACCGCGGAGGCGUCAAUACAAGUAUACAUUAGUGUUCUAAAAUCAACCCCAACCAACCAACGUUCGGCCAACAAAAGUAUUUCGAAAACGAAGAAGAACUGAGAAAAUGAAGACUUGAAAAACAAAUAACACACCCCCCCUUUUUCGACACUCUUCCUCUCUUCGGGUAAAAUUUACACUUUACACUAAAACCCCGGUUUACGCUCAGGCGUUACGCUUUGUAUUUCGUCGAUUUCUCCGGAACGACGCAAUAUUUUUGCAAUCUUUUUUAAGCGAUUUAUAGGUCUUGUGCAGAUCUACAAAUUGCUUUCAAAAGAAUGUAAAAACAUUACACUGUUUUCGAGAAAUCAACCAAACAAAAAGCGUAACGCCUGCGCGUAAACGGGGGUUUUAGUGUACACUCAUCGAAAGUCUAAUUAUUUUACUGUUCUAUGUCGUGCUCGGAGAAAAUGUUGUACGCAGUGUUCUAUUUUAGCAGAUACGUUUAAAAAAAGACAUAAUAUUAGUUCAAAUUGCGCUAAGUUUUAGCUGUUAGUUGACGCACGUGUAAAAAAAAUAGUGAAACGAGUUUUUUUUUUUAUUAUUAUUUCAUAAUAAUUAUUUUUAUUAGUCAAACGGAACAUAACGAUGAGCAGUGAUCCUUUCGUGAAUCAUGUGUAAUUUAUUGAAAGCAAAAAAAAUCAUUCGAAAAAAACGUAAUUUAUUGAAAACAAAACAAAAACAUUUUAGUUUGUAAGUUCACUCCCACACACAACACACACAUAUCGCGCUGCAGCAGUGUAGUAUUAUUUUUGUCUGUUUACUGAAAACAAAAAUACCGCGUUUAGUUAAACGGUUGAUGCGCGCGAGAAGAGAUAGUUGUACGCUAUAACUAUUGUAGGAGAGAUUUUGUUUUUUUAGAAUCGAGUGAUCGGAACCAGUGACGUGACGAAGAGAAGAAAAUUGAAGCAAGUUGCCGCGGGAGUUUGCUUUUCGAUGUAGGAUUAUGAAUUUUUGCUAAAAAUUACAAAUAAACGAAAAAUUUAAACAA